AUGACUGUGGAAUCUAUCCCGAGUGCGUCCUCCUCUGUUUUUAGUCCUGAUCGAUCCACUUUAAAAUGUCGAAGCAACUUUAAAACUGACUUGGAGUGUCCCGCAGCUUCCAAGGCCUCUGCUUUGCAAGCCGCUAAACUGAAAGAUGAUACACUGCGUCUUGCAAAACUAGAAAGUGCCGAUAAGUUACAGAUACAGAUAGCGCUCUUAGUCGAUCUUGCGAUCUUUGGGCUUUCGUAUCAUUACCCGUGGUUCUCAAAAUUUUACACUUUACAAUAUAAAUACCCACGUGGUGACUUCUAUGAUAUGGGUAUUGAUGAUUCAUAUUUCGUGAUAUUCAGUGUGCUAAAUCUGGUACUCAUCAGAGGUUUUUGCAUGUUGUACAUAUUAAAGCCUAUUGCGCAGUCUUUCCAAAUGUACAAACUCAAAGCAAUACAGAGGUUCAAAGAACAGGGAUGGUCAAUCAUAUACUUUUCCCUCUCUUGGGCGUUAGGAUUUCAUUUAUACCUGCACUCAGAUUACUACUUGAACUGCGAUAAACUUUAUGAGAACUGGCCGAACGACAAAAUGUCAGCCUCAUUUAAAGCCUACUAUCUUAUCCAAACUGCAUGUUGGUUCCAGCAAAUGAUUGUUCUUCAUAUCGAGGAGAAAAGAAAAGACCAUUAUCAAAUGUUUUCUCACCACAUAAUCACAUCACUGCUUUGCAUAGGCUCUUACGCUUACUACUUCACGAAGGUUGGACAUGUUAUCUUCUUAUUGAUGGACAUUGUCGAUGUUUUCCUUUCAUUUGCGAAAAUUCUCAAAUAUUGCGGCUACCAAACUUUUUGUGACACAAUGUUUGCUGUGUUCAUGAUUAGCUGGAUUGCAUUACGGCACGUUGUAUACAAUUAUGUGUUUUACCAUGCUUACCAGAAUGCCUACAAGAUGCAUGGAACUUGCGAGGAAUUGGCGCCCCUUGGCGACUAUAAGAUCUGUUACCCCAAACACACGAUCAAUAUACUUUUGACAUUACUUGGUGGAUUACAGGUAAUUACAAUCUUCUGGAUGUUCCUCAUUGCCAAAGUUGCAUAUAGAGUCAUUUCUGGAGAUAGUGCGGAUGAUGUAAGAAGUGAUGAUUCGGAUUAG